CUGCGCAGAUUGGUGCAGUGUGAACACACCCGAGCGUCAGCCGUGAAUGUGUAGUGAAUGUGCGGUAGAAGAAUUACGCUGAAGAGUGCACAGUCAUGAAAGUGUUUGUAAACACUAUUAGCUUCAUCCACACACAAGGUGCUGUUUCUUCACAUAUUUUUUGCCACCUGAGUUGGGACUGUCAUGCCACUUCACUUCACAUGGGAGGACAGCAUUAAACCACCGAAGCUAUUGGAUAUUACAAUCUACAGAAUGAUUGCUCAAAGAGCACUCUCAAAAUCAACCAUAUCUGUGCGUCUUCUCCAUGGAAGCACACUCCUAGCUUAAGCUCUUCUUUGGUAUUCCGCAGGCUGAGUUCUCGAAGCAGACACAAUGCCGUGGCCUUUUUCAGAGUCCAUUAAAAAGCGGGCCUGCCGAUACCUGCUGCAUCGGUACUUAGGCAAUUUCCUCCAAGAAAAACUGAGUUUGGACCAGCUUAGUGUGGACCUCUACCAAGGCAAAGGUUCACUUGCACAAGUGCCACUGGACAAAUGGUCACUGAAUGAGAUUCUGGAGUCGGUGGAUGCUCCAUUUGAAGUGACUGAGGGCUUCAUCCAGGCCAUUUCCCUCACUGUACCAUGGGCCUCACUGCUUCAGGACAACUGUGCUCUGGAAGUCAAAGGCUUGGAAAUGGUUUUCAGGCCAAGGCCUCGUAUGACAUCUGGUAUGGAGCCUAUGUACUGGUCUAGCUUCAUGACUAGCAGUAUGCAGCUGGCGAAGGAAUGUCUGAGUCAGAGACUAACCGAUGACCUGGGAGAGAGUUUCCAACCUCUGGAGGGUUUAGAGAAGUUUGCUGAGACAAUAGAGACAGUUCUGAGAAGAGUCAAGGUCACAUUUUUGGAUACAGUCCUCAAGAUUGAACAUGUUCCAGAAAAUUCCAAAACAGGAAUUGCCCUUGAAAUCAGAAUCAAAAGGAUGGUUUACUGUGAUGAAACUGCCGAAGAGGGCUCAAGUGUAAACAUCCACCAGCCCACCACAUUUGCACACAAAAACCUGACAUUGGAGGGUGCAAAUGUUUUCUGGGAUGAGUUUUCUGAGACUUCCCGUGCCAGUGUCAAAUCAUCCCCCACUCAGUCGGAAACUGAGCCUAAGUUAUCCCCAAGCUGGAAUCCAAAAAUUAUCUGUGAGCCUCACCCACAGUUCACAGAGCCUGUAUGUGCCAGCACACCUUUUGAACCUGUGCAGGUGGGCUGCCUUAGUGGCAGACUGGAGCUGUCCCUGGUCCUGAAGCAGAAUGAAGCCAUGCCGGGAGCCAAGCUGGACAUUGAAGGACAGAUUGAUUCAUUGAUCAUGCUGCUUUCACCACGGCAAGUCCACCUGCUACUGGAUAUGUUUGGAGUCUUCUCUAGCUCAGCGGGGCAGAAAUGGUCUGGCUUGGCUAAGGACAGAAAGAGUCGUCCCAUGCAGCAGGAAGAUGAGUACCGUCUCCACAUGGAGCUUAACCGCUGCUUAAAAAAGGAGCCAAUGACUGCUGGUACUGAACAAGACUUGUUUGAGAGCCAAACCCCCAGGACAGUGUCAAGCAGAGCAGAAGAUGUAUUUUUCUCCAUGGCUGACAUGGACAUGUCACACAGCCUAUCAUCUCUGCCCCCUCUUGGAGACCCACCCACUGUAGACUUGGAUCUGUCUCUUAACAGCAACUACUCCACUUCUCUGGGGGAGUCACCCUCUGGCAAUGCAGCUACUGUGUGGGAUGAGUACCUGGAUUUGCCUAAACAAAAGGAGAAACAAAGUCACGAAACACCCCUGUUCUCUAGAGACCCUCAGUGCCCACAUAACCUGCCCAGACAGACCUCUCAUUCGUCUAAGGGCCACUGUGACGAGUCCAGGCCUGAGCUAGUUUUCAGGCUGACGGUGGGCAAUCUCUGCCUAUCUGUGCUGCACAUCGAUCCUCUCCCACCCCCAGACUCAACUCUCAGCCCUCUUGCACCAAUGGCCUCUGAAUUUUUCCACAUGAUGGCUAAUGAUCAGCUACAUCUAAGAGGAUUCCUCCAAGCACGAGCUGUUUUUGACCAGGCCUGCCCACAUGACCACCUCAGGUUCAUAGGUCAGGGGUUAAAGGUGACGUAUGAGCAUUGUCAGGGCUCCAGUCUGCGCACUCUCAGCACGGAUCUGUCCCUGAAGUGUAUGGAGUUGCUGGAAUGCCUCUACCCCACAGAGAAUCGGGGAAGCACUGUGCAGAGUGGAGUGCAGUACACAGAGCUCUUAACAUUUGAUGUUGCUACCAGCUGUGAUUCCCCUACCCAAACCUGCCUUCAUUUGUUCUACAAGUUAACAGAACGCAGAGGUCCACAGGGUGGGCAGGUGCGUCUGAGUACCAUGCCCCGUAAAGCAGAGUUUCAGGUGGAGCUGGGUAAGGCUCGCUCAGAGUGUGACAUCAGCAUCGUGGACCGCCUCCACUCCCUGCUUCAGCCCCAGAAACUGGCCACCACUGAAACCAUGGCCUCUCACAUGUACACAUCCUAUAACAAGCAUGUUAGCCUACACAAGGCUUUUGCAGAGGUCUUUCUGGAAGAUAGCCGCAGUCCCGCGCACUGUUUGGUGUCGGUGUCUGUGAAUGCUCCUCAUCUUGUGCUGGUGGUACGGUUCCCCAUCCCAGACCUGCGCUCAGACCAGGAAAGGGGCCCUUGGUUUAAAAAAUCCCUGCAAAAGGAGGUGUUGCGCUUAGAGCUGGAGGACUUGGAGCUCAAAACUGAGUUCAGUGGAAAUAGUUCACCUGAGCAGACCAAGAUAGAACUUACCUUUAAGGAGCUCAGUGGUACAUUCCAGAAUGACAAAGAUCACUAUGCAUCCAGGUUCUUACGUGUGUCACAUACUAUGGAAGAGAACAUGACCUCUUCUGACAGUGGCAAAUUUGAUUGGCCUAGAGUGGUCCUGAAGGUGAACCCCAUGGUUGUGCACUCCAUAUUGGAGCGGGUUACGGCUGAAGAGGAAGAGGAAGGUGCUGAAGGACAUUCGCAGGAGGAAGAGGAGGAGGAGGAAGGAACUGCCCACUCUUUGAAGGAUGUGUGUGAUUUUGGUAAACCUGAGCCUUCCCCCUUUUCCUCACGACGUGUCAUGUAUGAGAAUGAAGAAAUGGUCAUCCCAGGAGAUGUAGUGGAGAUGACAGAAUUCCAGGAGAAAACCAUGAGCAACUCCCGUUACAUUCUUGAACUGUUUUUCCCCAAUGUGCAAAUAUCAUUACCUAAUAAGGCCUUCUAUGAGAAACUACACAACAGGAUUAACAAUGAUCUGCUGUUAUGGGAGCCUACAGCCCCAUCACCAGUGGAGACGGUGGAGAGCAUGCCAUAUGGGGGCGGCCUCUCUGUAGCCAGCCAGCUAAUCAGCACCUACAACAAGGAUAGCUUCAGUCAGUUCAGAUCUCUUGGCCCUGAGGAAGAUGAAAGUGGUUCAGAAGAGGAGACUCUACCAUACUACACUCCGGCUGAGCUGGGCUAUAGGAACAUGAAGAAGAGGAAGAAUAAGAUGCAGUCUAAGAACUCGCAGAGCCUGUUCUCUGUUCUGCUAUCUGUUAAUCACUGUCUUGUAGCACUGCAUACAGAGGCUAAGCAAUCAGAUAAAAGUGUGCUGAAGAAUAAACAUGGGGAGUUCUGGAUGGAGGUGAAGAAUGGAGUUCUGUUCAGUGUGACACAGUACGAGGGUUAUAAAGAUCAGCACUAUGUCUGUUUCCACACCUCUACAGUCUGCCUUUAUCAUCAAGGCACAGUAGAAGGAGAUGUCCCUGUGUGGGACGUGAAGUUGCCUUGUAGAACGCGCCCUCACUGGUUGGAGCCUGUGUUGUAUGUGUGUGAGUCUGCGGCAGAAAGAGCAUCUCCCUUAGAAGGACUGAGUGUGGAGCCUCAAAGUAUGCUAUCCCUUGCACUCAAGAUUUCUUCUCAGAGUGCUGAGCGCAAUGUAAAGGAGUUUCUGCUUGCUGUUGGAGUGAGAGCGGCCACAUUUCAGCAUAGAGUUGUGCCUUCUAGUCUGGGUUGGUAUGACCAGAUAGUAGACUUUCUGAAUGUGACAGAUGAGCCUGUGCUUGGCUAUACGCCUCCAUCCUAUCUUACAACCCUCCACCUACACCUGUGGAGCUGCUCCCUGGAUUACAGGCCAUUGUAUCUGCCUGUGAGAUCUCUGCUCACAGUGGAGACCUUUAGUAUCUCCAGCAGUGUGUCUUUGGACCACUCCUCCUCCUGUCUCAGAAUCAUUCUUGAUGAAGCAGCGCUGUUUCUGUCUGACAAAAGUAAUGCUGUGUCUGUCAACCUGGCCCGAGACUAUGUGCAGGUGGUAGACAUGGGAACUUUAGAACUCAGGAUCACAGCAGUCAAACCUAGCACAGAUGGGGAGAGAACAGAACCGAGGUUUGAGUUGCGCUGCUCAAGCGAUGUCAUUCACAUUCGGACCUGCUCGGACUCUUGUGCUGCACUUAUGAACCUCAUCCAGUACAUUGCCAGCUAUGGAGACCUGCUGCCUCCAUCCAGGGUGGAGAGCAAGAGUGGCAGCACCAAACAAAGAGCAAAGCUGGACUUAUUGAGCAAGCCCCAGUCCCAUGGCCCCCUGCUUCCUGACGCUGAGCAGCAGAUGCUGCAGGAUCUGAUGAGUGACGCCAUGGAGGAAACUGACUCCCUGCAGAGUCAGACCUUGCAGUCCAAUGGUGUACAUGUGGAUCAAACAAGUGAUCAAGACCCACCACUUUCUGAUCUCUUCCUCUUUCCCGAUGAGAGUGGCACUGUGGGCCAGGAUCCUUGCCAAGCCUACCCCAUACUGCAUUCACCCCUCAUCUCUCCCCCUGGCCCCAGCACACACCAUGACUCUGAUGACUUCUGCAUCCUGGACACUCCAGGCUUUAGAGCAAUGGGAAGGGAUGAAGAGCCAGUGGUAAAGAAGCUGACCACCGAGCCCAUUUUGGUGCUGGACAACCAUUUUAGUGAGCCUCUAGAGGGCAGCACUUCUAGCAGGGGCCCACUGAACUUCCCUGUGCCUGAAGUGAGGUACCUGGUUAAGGAGAUCUCUGUGAUCUGGCACCUUUACGGAGGAAAGGACUUUGGCAGCGGACUGCUCUCAUCUUCUCCAGCCCGCAGUCGAGGGGGUACUCCUCACAGCUCCCCCUCUCAAACACCAGUAAGACAGGCUCGCAGUGGCUCUCGCUCUGGGGGAGGUUGGGGAAGGAAUCCAGAUGUGUUGAUGGAGAUCCAGCUCAGCAAGGUACGGUUCCAACAUGAAGUCUACCCCCUGAUGGGCCCAGAGACAGGCACACUGGCUGAACAGCCGGUAUCCAGACAGGUAUUCUCAGUGCAGGACCUGGAGAUACGAGACAGACUGGCCUCCUCCAUGAUGAACAAGUUUCUUUAUCUGUACUCCAGCAAAGAGAUGCCCAGGAAAGCCCACUCCAACAUGCUAACAGUCAGAGUGUUGCACAUGCGUCCAGAGGCAGGUCAGGCUCCACAAGAGUGCUGCCUGCGUGUUUCCCUUAUGCCACUUCGUCUCAACAUUGACCAGGAUGCUCUGUUCUUUCUGAAGGAUUUCUUUACCAGUCUGGCUACAGAGGUAGAGCUCUUCUCCCCACCAGAACCAGAGACAUUGUGUGUAUCCAUGAAAAAGCCUUCUGGCCCAGAGGUAGCAUGCACAUUUUCUAAAUCCAGUGGAGGAUCAGGUCAGGGCUCUGCACCAAUCAUCUCUGUGCCCACCCAAACCCGUACCAGUCAGAAUGGCCUUGAGCAUGAGUCUACCGCCACAUCUUAUACUGACCAGCCUAUUUUCUUUAGAGAGUUCAGGUUCACUUCUGAGGUGCCAAUCCGACUAGAUUAUCAUGGGAAACACAUGGCCAUGGAGCAGGGUACUUUUGCUGGCAUAGUAAUUGGACUGACCCAGCUGAACUGCUCCGAACUCAAACUGCGGAGACUCUGCUACAGACAAGGACUGUUGGGUGUAGAUAAGCUCUUUUCUUACGCCAUUAAUGAAUGGCUCAGUGAUAUUAAAAAGAACCAGUUGCCCGGACUGCUUGGUGGAGUAGGGCCCAUACACUCCUUUGUGCAACUUGUCCAGGGCAUUAGAGAUCUAGUAUGGCUGCCUAUAGAGCAAUAUCGGAAGGAUGGGCGGAUAGUGAGGGGAUUUCAGCGAGGCACUGCCUCAUUUGGGACCUCCACUGCAAUGGCAGCCUUGGAGCUUACCAAUCGCAUGGUGCGAACCAUCCAGGCAGCUGCAGAAACAGCGUAUGAUAUGGUGUCUCCGGUGAUAGAUGAGAGAGAGUGCAAAAAGAUCAAACGAUACUCACAUUUUCGACUGGCUCAUCAGCCUGUGGACCUCAGGGAAGGUGUGGCCAAGGCAUACAGUGUAGUGAAAGAGGGCAUCACAGAUACGGCUUUAACGAUUUAUGAUACAGCCACCCGUGAACAUGAGCAGAGGGGAAUGACCGGUGCAGUGGGUGGAGUCUUACGCCAGCUUCCUCCUGCUGUUGUUAAACCUCUAAUUGUUGCUACAGAAGCCACCUCCAAUGUACUGGGUGGCAUGAGGAACCAGAUUCACCCAGACGCUCGCCAGGAAGAAUCACAGAAAUGGCGUCUGGGAGAAGAGUAAUCAACGCGAUCUUGUGUUUUUCUUUUUUUGUCUAAGACUGAUGGUGGUGCCAAACAUGGUGAUAUGGCUAAGCCAGCACUACACAGUCUCACUUGAUAGAAUCAGCUUGGCGUACUGGCCUGUUGGCACCUCGUGUCCACAUUUUGCUGCUUACAGUUUUAUUUAAGGCCAUGGUACUGUGCUACUGGUAGACCUGCUCUACAGAGACCAUGGCAGUAAAGCACUAGCUUCAGAUCAGCUGUUAAAGACUGAGGCAAACUGGAUUAACACCAUUUUCCUUUUUUAUCAGCAGCACUGGUCCCUUAUAUUUAAUGACUCAAAAGCUGCAGCACUGGAGACAUGCAAUGUUGGCUUUACUGGAGUAGAUUAACCUGAUUAGUCUGAAAACUUGUCAGUCUUGUGUCAGUAAACUUCUGUAAGCUUUUCUUAUCCCACCAAGGCUACGUCCAUGCUGUAUUUUCAGUUCCAAUUUGGGCUACUUUCAUAUGUGCUGCAGAAAUCUGGUACAGAUCUGAUAUGUGAUAAUGCAACCUUAGCCUGGAAUUCAACAGCUUUUCCGUCUGUCCAACUCCACAUUCAUCAUGAUCUUGGCUGCAGAUCAUUGGUAUCUUGGAAGAUUUAUGUGAAUUAACUCUGAGUGUUAUCAUGGAAAUGAACGGGGCACACUGCCUGACUUUUGCAGGUACUUAGUGUGAGUGUGUUACUUUUAUGCAGCGAGUUUUAGGCUGUGAGUUGCAUUAAAAACCUAUUUUUAAUGCAACUAGAGAUUCACUCAGAGCGAUCCAACAUUAAACAACGUGGCAUGCAACACACGCAGCAAAUAAGUAACUUUAUUUGUUCAGCUUUGCAAAGCUCAUAUUGUUCAGAAAGAAAGAAGAGCAAGGAAGUAGUGAGAAUGUUUUAAAAGGUGAGAUUAAUCAUGUGAUGUAAGAUCAACUUAAUUGGUGUCAUUUGGUUGUAAUUCAUGUCAUAUCUUUUAACAUUGCUGUUAAGUAAGGUGCUCUUUUUCCAGCUGCAUGCUCAAUUUUGAGAGCAUUUUUUUGAGUUCUGCAGGCAUUGAAAUCUGUCAAAGAUUUUUAUUUUUAUUUAUUUAAGAACUAUAUAUUGUUCUAUUUGUGGCUAAGCAAUCUUAACUACAAUUAAUCUCACCUUUUAAGCAUUAAAUUUCACUUUGUCAGUGGCAUUAACCACAAUCAUUGUUUUGCGCAUAUGGGUUAGGUCAAGAGCAUGAUGUGAACAACCUAGUUAAUCAGAACUCAGAACAAUCUGAAUGUUGCCCAAAAAACAUGUAGUGCCUUCAUAGGAUUAUUAGAAAAUGUUAAUUAAUUUAAUUCCCUUUAAUACUGACAUUAAAAAAGUGAUAUAUUAGGGUAGGUUUUCACUUUAGUUUUUGCCCAAACAUGGUUAUAAUUGUUUUUUAAUGCCAUUAUUUCCUUAUAACAAGGAAUGAAAAUAAGGGAAAAUUUAAAUGGAAUGGACAGUUUCUGAAUGGCCACUUGUAUUAUGUCCUUUAUUUUUACAUCCUGAUUAGUCAUUUGAUGAGUCAUUUUCCUCAUGUACUUGUUUCUGCUAUAAGCCUUCUUGAUAAAUUGUUAAAGAUUUGUAAUAACAGGGAGUUUGCCUAAAAUGUGUCCAUUUUCCACCUGCUUAAAAACAAGUCUGAUGUUUCCAUGUUUUAAUAUUAUGCAUUUGUCAUAAGCACUUUCAACUUUUUGGUUAGCUUCUUAAUAUGUGUUUGCUUUUGUGACAUUCCCUCACAUCUGUAGCACAAAACAGGUCUUAUGGAAAUAACGUUUAAGGCCAGGGCAGAGCCCUUCUGUGGAGCUUUUGCACAUACAAAAUGUCAUCAUUGUAAGCAAUGAAACAAAUAUAACAUUCAUCCUUAUGCAUAUCAAAUGUGAAUAUACACUAUAUUACCAAAAGUAUUCGGUCACCUGCCUUGACUCACAUAUGAACUUAAGUGCCAUCCCAUUCCUAACCCAUAGGGUUCAAUAUGAUGUCGGUCCACCUUUUGCAGCUAUUACAGCUUCAACUCUUCUGGGAAGGCUGUCCACAAGGUUGAGGAGUGUGUUUAUAGGAAUUUUUGACCAUUCUUCCAAAAGCGCAUUGGUGAGGUCACACACUGAUGUUGGUCGAGAAGGCCUGGCUCUCAGUCUCCGCUCUAAUUCAUCCCAAAGGUGUUCUAUCGGGUUCAGGUCAGGACUCUGUGCAGGCCAGUCAAGUUCAUCCACACCAGACUCUGUCAUCCAUGUCUUUAUGGACCUUGCUUUGUGCACUGGUGCACAGUCAUGUUGGAAGAGGAAGGGGCCCGCUCCAAACUGUUCCCACAAGGUUGGGAGCAUGGAAUUGUCCAAAAUGUUUUGGUAUCCUGAAGCAUUCAAAGUUUCUUUCACUGGAACUAAGGGGCCAAGCCCAACUCCUGAAAAACAACCCCACACCAUAAUUCCUUCUCCACCAAAUUUCACACUCGGCACAAUGCAGUCCGAAAUGUACCGUUCUCCUGGCAACCGCCAAACCCAGACUCGUCCAUCAGAUUGCCAGAUGGAAAAGCGUGAUUCAUCACUCCAGAGAACGCGUCUCCACUGCUCUAGAGUCCAGUGGCGGCGUGCUUUACACCACUGCAUCCGACGCUUUGCAUUGCACUUGGUGAUGUGUGGCUUGGAUGCAGCUGCUCGGCCAUGGAAACCCAUUCCAUGAAGCUCUCUGCGUACUGUACUUGGGCUAAUCUGAAGGUCACAUGAAGAUUGGAGCUCUGUAGCAAUUGACUGUGAAGAAAGUCGACGACCUCUUUGCACUAUGCGCUUCAGCAUCCGCUGACCCCUCUCCGUCAGUUUACGUGGCCUACCACUUCGUGGCUGAGUUGCUGUUGUUCCCAAACUCUUCCAUUUUGUUAUGAUAAAGCUGGCAGUUGAUUGUGGAAUAUUUAGGAGCGAGGAAAUUUCACGACUGGAUUUGUUGCACAGGUGGCAUCCUAUGACAGUUCCACGCUGGAAUUCACUGAGCUCCUGAGAGCGGCCCAUUCUUUCACAAAUGUUUGUAAAAACAGUCUGCAUGCCAAGUGCUUGAUUUUAUACACCUGUGGCCAGGCCAAGUGAUUAGGACACCUGAUUCUGAUCAUUUGGAUGGGUGACCGAAUACUUUUGGUAAUAUAGUGUAUGUGUAUAGAUUGUGUAGUUGUGCAUUAUACAAAUGCUCUUGGGAUUUGGAUUUUUGUGUAUGACAUUUGAGAAAUGGAUUACUGCAACAGAUUUGCUUUACAGCUGAGAGAAACUGAUUUCCCAACUCCCUUUUUUUUCCUCCCCCAUUUAAAAGGUAGUAACAGAUUUGUAUAUAUAUAUGUAAAAUUAAUUUGCGCAGUUUACAUGAACGCAUGUGUUAUCUAUAAUAAACUGUUUAAUGUCCA